AUGCCUCCACGAAAUAACCCCCUACCGGCGGCAGUCCGCCUGUUCAACUGUACAAUAUGCGACAAAGGCUACCCGCGCCAACUCGACUACGAAAACCACCUCCGCUCUUACGACCACAACCAUCGCCAACGUCUCGCCGAUAUGAAGAAGCUCACUGCUUCGAACGAAACCGAAAGCAGCAAGCCAAAGCAGGGCCUAGAGAUGCGCAGUAUCGAUGUCGAGAAUGCGAAUAAGAAGCCUGGUGUUGGAAGUCGGUUUACCAAGAUCGGUGGAGGUGGUGCUGCGGGUGCUGCGGGUGCUGCAGGUGGCAGGUUUAAGAAGGUUGGUGUUGCUGUUAGUGGGAAGGAGGGUGGUUACGAGGAUGUGAGUGGCAAGACUGGAGAGGAUACAAAGAAGGUCGUAGAUAGCGUAGAAGUUCCUGCUGCUGCUGCUGCUGCUGCUGCAAUGCCUAUCGUGGAAGCUGAUGUCAAGAAAGAAGAGGAUGUCGUCAUGGCAAAUGACGAAGAGGGCGAUGAGAUUACUUGGGAAGAGUACGACUUCACAAAGCCAACUGGAUGCGAUCAUGCGAGCUGUCCGGGGUGCAAGACGGAUGGCAUAUGGAGCGGCGAAUGGAUGGCUGUGGAUGCCGUUUGA